UCCCAAUCCAACCACUUCUCAUCGUAGCAUUGGUUUUGAGCCACAGCCAGUUGACUUGAGCCUGACCUUGGCUCAGACUCAAGCCGAGCUGAUUCCCCGCCAUGGCGGGCAGCGGAAGCGGAGCCGUGGGCGAUGCCAACUUCAUGGCAGUGCUGCGGGCCACGGCGGCCGCCAUUUCCUGCGCGGGCACCGCCACGCUGCAGGCGCGGCAGCUGCUGAUCACCCAGACGGCCCAGCCCCUGGGGGAGGAGGCGGUGGUCCAGGCCACCAGCGGCUUGGCCACCGCCUACUCCCUGGGCAGCGUGGUGGAGUUUUUCUUGAGCCCCGUCUUCGGGAGCCUCUCGGAGCGCUACGGCCGCAAGCCCAUGGUGCUUUUCCUGAUGAUCGGGCCGGCCAUCAUGCGCGUUCUCUGCGCCACGGUGACCCAGCCGGUGGCCAGAAUCCGGCUGCUGUGGCUGGACUUUGCUUCUGCCCGAGCUGUCGGUAUCCAGCCCUUCCUGGGCAUGUGCAACACCAUGAUCAGCGACGCCUACACCGUGGAUGCCCAGCCUCCGGCCCGAUCCCAACUGGCCGCCGCCAUGGCUUUCGGCAGCAUCCUCGGGAACUACUUGUCGGGCUGGUACAAUGCCAAGGCGGGCCCUCAGUCCACCUACCUUGCGACGGCCGCCGUGCCUAUGAUGUCGCUGCUCUUUGCCUCACUGUGCCUGCCGGAGACUCACCGGCAGCGCACCACGGCCGCUCUGGAAAACAAGAAGGAGGCGAAGAAGUCGCAUUUCUCGCUGCUGCUGGACCCCGAGUGUUUCCUUCUGGCUGGGGCCCUGGGCCUCUACGAGUUCAUGACCUACCCACCCAUGAACUCGGUGGCCAUUUUGUUCAUGAAGGAGCGCCUGGGCUGGGGCCCGCUGCAGGCGGGGCGCUUCGCCUCGGGCCACGCGCUGGCGGUGUUCAGCGGCUCACUGCUGGCGGGGAGGUUGAUCCGAGUUCUGGGGAAGCAGCUCUACGUGAGCAUGGCCAACAUGCUCACGGCUUUGGCCUUCUUCCUGUGGGCCACCGCCCGCAGCGGGCCGCAGCUCAUCGCCUGCCUGCUGCCGCUGGCGCUUGGCACAGGUGGCAACUCUGUGCUGCUCACGCGCUUUGUCGAGCGGGCGGAGAGCCUGGGCGUCUCCCGCGGAGAGGCCACCGGCGUAGUGCAGGCCAUCGGCGCGGUCGCACGCAUGGCCGCGCCCCAGCUCUUCACCCGGCUCUGGCUGCGCGCCAAGGCGGGCGCUUCAUUGCCCUUGGGCGCCCCCCUCUUCUCCGUGAGCGCCAUCGCGCUCAUGCAGGAAGUGCUUCAUCGGGGUGCGCUGCUUGUGCGGAAGUGAGCAUUCGCAUACGCUGGCCACACGAGCGGACA